AUGGUUCAGUCCGCAAUUCUCGGUUUCCCCCGCAUGGGAGUCAACCGUGACCUGAAGAAGGCCACGGAGGCUUACUGGGGUGGCAAGCUGUCCCAGGCCGACCUCCUCGCCGAGGCCAAGCGCCUCCGUCUUGCCCACUGGAAGAUCCAGAAGGAUGCCGGUGUCGACGUCAUCCCCAGCAACGACUUCGCCCUGUACGACCAGGUCCUCUGCCACAUCCAGGACUUUGGUGCCGUUCCCGAGCGGUACACCAAGGAUGGUCUUGACACCAUCGACCAGUACUUCGCCAUGGGCCGUGGCCACCAGAAGGAGGGCGUCGACGUCCCCAGCUUGGAGAUGGUCAAGUGGUUCGACUCCAACUACCACUACGUCAAGCCCACUCUCCAGGACAACCAGACCUUCAAGCUGGUCGACAGCCCCAAGGCCGUCGUUGAGUUCAAGGAGGCCAAGGAGGCCGGCAUCCACACCCGCCCCGUCCUCGUCGGCCCCGUCAGCUUCCUCCACCUCGGCAAGGCCGACCGUGGCCAGUCGGUCAACCCCAUUGACCUGCUUGACAAGCUCGUCCCCGUCUACGAGCAGCUCCUCACCCAGCUGAAGGAGGCUGGUGCCGACACCGUCCAGAUUGACGAGCCCGUCCUCGUCUUCGACCUGCCCGCCAAGGCCAAGGCUGCUUUCAAGCCCACCUACGAGAAGUUCGCCGCCCUCGGUGACAAGAUCCCCAAGAUUGUCUUCACCACCUACUUCGGCGACAUCGUCCACAACCUCGAGGCUCUCCCCAAGGACGUCUAUGGUGUCCAUGUCGACCUCGUCCGCAACCCCGAGCAGCUCGAGACCGUCCUCGGUGCUCUGGGCCCCAAGACCAUCCUCUCUGCCGGCGUCGUUGACGGCCGCAACAUCUGGAAGACCAACAUGAAGCGCGCCAUCGAGACCGUCGAGUCCGCUAUCCAGAAGCUCGGCAAGGACCGCGUCAUCGUGGCCACUUCCAGCUCCCUCCUUCACACCCCUCACACCCUGGCCAGCGAGAAGAAGCUGGACCCCGAGGUCGCUGACUGGUUCUCCUUCGCCUCCGAGAAGGCCGUCGAGAUUGCCGUCAUCGCCAAGGCUGUCACUGAGGGCCCCGCUGCCGUCCGUGAGCAGCUCGAGGCCAACGCCAAGUCCAUGCAGGCUCGCGCCACCUCGACCCGCACCAACAACCCCCAGGUCAAGGACCGCCAGUCCAAGAUCACCGAGCAGGACCACAAGCGCAAGUCGGAGUUCCCCGUCCGCAUCGACGCCCAGGAGAAGAAGCUCAAGCUUCCCCUGUUCCCCACCACCACCAUUGGUUCUUUCCCCCAGACCAAGGAGAUUCGCGUCCAGCGCAACAAGUUCACCAAGGGUGAGAUCACCGAGGCUGAGUACGACAAGUUCAUCGAGAAGGAGAUUCUCGACAACGUCAAGAUCCAGGAGGAGCUUGGCCUGGACGUCUACGUCCACGGUGAGCCCGAGCGUAACGACAUGGUCCAGUACUUCGGUGAGCGCCUGGACGGCUAUGCCUUCACCACCCACGCCUGGGUCCAGAGCUACGGCUCUCGCUGCGUCCGCCCGCCUAUCAUUGUCGGCGACAUCUCCCGCCCCGCUCCCAUGACGGUCAAGGAGUCCAAGUACGCCGUCUCGGUGUCCAACAAGCCCAUGAAGGGCAUGCUGACGGGUCCCGUCACCUGCCUGCGGUGGUCUUUCCCCCGUGAUGAUGUUCACCAGUCCGUCCAGGCUCAGCAGCUCGCCCUCGCCCUGCGCGACGAGGUUGUUGACCUCGAGAAGGCUGGCGUUGACGUCAUCCAGGUCGACGAGCCUGCUCUCCGUGAGGGUCUUCCCCUCCGCUCCGGCAAGGAGCGCGAUGCCUACCUCGACUGGGCCGUCAAGGCCUUCAAGCUCUCCACCUCUGGUGUCGAGGAUGCCACCCAGAUCCACUCCCACUUCUGCUACUCCGAGUUCCAGGACUUCUUCCACGCCAUCGCCGCCCUGGACGCUGACGUCCUGUCCAUUGAGAACAGCAAGUCUGACGCCAAGCUUCUCCGCGUCUUCGUCGACUCUGCCUACCCCCGCCACAUCGGCCCUGGUGUCUAUGACAUCCACUCUCCCCGUGUUCCCAGCGAGCAGGAGAUCAAGGACCGCAUUGAGGAGAUGCUUCAGUACCUCAAGCCCGACCAGCUGUGGAUCGACCCUGACUGCGGCCUGAAGACCCGCCAGUGGAAGGAGACCAAGGAGGCUCUGGUCAACAUGGUCAACGCCGCCAAGUACUUCCGCACCAAGUACGCCAAAUAA